AUGGAGAAGGAUGAGCUUGAGAAUGUCGCGACAGAGAUCCGGCAGGAGUCAAAUGAUGUGCGGAUCUCUGAAAGACACAUCCUCUUCAAGUGCGACCUCAACUUGUUGCCUAUGCUGUGUCUGUUGUUCAUGUGCACUAUUCUUGACAGAGUCAACAUCGCAAAUGCACGGAUCCAGGGCUUGGAGAAAGAUCUCCAUAUGCAUAGCCAAGACUUCAGUAUUGUCCUGUUUGUCUUCUUCGUCUUGUACAUCUUGUUGGAAAUUCCUGCGAAUAUCCUGAUCAAGAAGAUUCGACCUUCGGUGUUCCUGAGCGUCUCGGCCUUCACGUUCGGCAUCGUGACCAUGUGUCAGGGCUUGACAAGAUCAUAUGCCGGGCUCGUUGUUUGCAGAGUAAUCCUGGGGGGGCUUGAGGCAGGUGUUUACCCCGGGUCCAUCUACUUAAUGACAAUGUUCUACAAAAGGCACGAGUUUCAGUGGAGACUGAACAUAUUCUACGGCUCUUCCCUCGUCACAGGAGCAUUCAGCGGUCUUUUGGCUUAUGCUAUCGCUCAUAUGGACGGAAUAGCGGGCUACGGCGGCUGGAGAUGGAUCUUGAUCAUAGAAGGGUUGAUCACCAUUGCGGUAGCGAUUCCGGCGUACUGGCUCCUACCCGACUGGCCAGAGACUGCAAAGUUUCUCAACGAAGAUGAACGACAGUUCUGGGCGCAGAGACUGGCGUCGGACGUCGAAAGCAUCGAGAUGAACAUCCUGGACAAACAGGCGAUAAAGCGUUGCUUCGGCGACGUCAAGAUCUGGAUUGCAAGUUUCGCGUAUUUUUGCAUCCUGACGACCAGUUAUGGCUUCGCUUAUUUCCUGCCGACCAUACUCUUGGAGUUGGGCUGGACCUCGACCAAAGCCCAGGUGAUGACAAUACCCCUUUACGCAGUGGGGACAGUGGUUUGCUUGAGCAGUGCCUUCGUUUCCGACUACCUCAAACACCGAUUCUCGUUCAUUUUUGGUGGGUGUGUCCUCGCCAUCAUCGCAUACGCUAUCUUAUUGUCAUACUUUUCGGUUUCAGUUGGAGUCCGUUAUUUCGCCCUCUAUAUCCUCGAAUGCGGCAUAGUUGUAGCGCAGCCAGGAAUUGUCGGAUGGUUGAGCAACAACCUAGGCGGCCAUUACAAGCGCGGCGUGGGAAUUGCGAUGCAGUUAGCCAUUGGAAAUAUUGGUGGUAUCGUGGGAAGCAACAUAUACCUCCAAUCGGAAGCUCCGACAUACCCAACAGGUUUUGGAACAGGCGUGGGGCUUCUUUCAGCUGGAGCUCUAGCUUCGUGCGUGCUCUUAUGGUAUCUCAUGAGAGAGAACAAGCUCCGAGACAAGGGCGCAAGGGAUUAUCGGUACAACUUGUCAGAGACCGAGCUCAAUAAUCUUGGUGACGACCACCCUGCCUUCAGGUUCUCUUAUUGA